AUGCAGCCCCGUCGGCCCGAUGGCUUUGAUGGCCUAGGCUACGGGGAUCUGCCUGGGGACGGGCAGAGGAAGGGCCGCCACCGCCUUACCAGCACGGCUUCCCGGCAAGGUCAUUCAGCUCUUCCGGGGACCUGUCACAGCACUGGGUUACCACCCCGCCUGAUAUCCCGGGGAGCCGCAACCUGCACCGAGGAGAGAAGACGCCGCUGUAUGGAGGAGAUGGCAGCCAACCACCGCCUGGCCUGGGGGACGAGAACAGCGCCACGGCGGGGAUCAGCUAAACAGAUUUGCUGGAUUUGGUAUUGGACUUGCCAGUCUCUUUACAGAAAAUGUGUUGGCUCACCCGUGCAUUGUCUUGCGCCGUCAGUGCCAGGUUAACUAUCAUGCAAGGAAUUACCGUCUUUCGCCUUUUAGCAUUGUGAAUAUCAUGUAUAGCUUUACAAAGGCUCAGGGUCCAAGGGCACUUUGGAAAGGAAUGGGAAGCACUUUUAUUGUUCAGGGAAUAACCCUUGGAGCUGAAGGCAUCAUCAGUGAAUUCACUCCUCUGCCUAGAGAGCUCACCCAUAAAUGGAGUCCAAAGCAGAUAGGAGGUCACCUAAUCCUUAAAGGGAUAGUUUAUGCAAUUGCUACUCCAUUCUAUUCAUCAAGUCUGAUUGAAACAGUACAGAGCGAGAUCAUCCGUGACAAUCCCGGCAUUCUGGAUUGUAUGAAAGAAGGAAUUGGCCGACUUAUGGGACUUGGAGUGCCACACAGCAAACGUCUGCUGCCCCUUCUUGUUCUUACCUUCCCUACUGUCCUACAUGGUGUCCUUCAUUAUAUAAUCAGCUCGAUAGUUCAGAAAUGUGUUUUAUUCUUUAUAAAGAAAAGAAAUCCUGCCAGAAAUCCAUCCGAUGCCACUUCAUCAGCUCAGAACAUUUUGGAGGAGUAUUUCCCAGAACUCCUAGCCAACUUUGCUGCCAGCCUGUGUGCUGAUGUCAUGCUGUAUCCUCUUGAAACAGUGAUGCAUCGCCUUCAUAUUCAAGGGACACGCACUAUAAUAGAUAAUACGGACCUUGGCUAUGAAGUACUGCCUAUCAACACUCAGUACGAGGGCAUGAGAGAGACUGCAUUAAUACUAUAAAACAAGAGGAAGGAAUGCUAGGCUUUUACAAAGGGUUUGGGGCUGUGGUGGUGCAGUAUACUCUUCAUGCUACUGUUCUGCAAAUUACAAAACUCAUUUAUUCAUCUUUGCUUCACAAUACAGCCCAGUGA